AUUCAGUUACUGUUAUGUUUUGAAUGUUUUUUUCCAGAAAACACUGUUAAGGUCAAUUUAUAUUGUGACGUCAUAAGCAGAUAAAGCAAGAUGCCCGGAGACCGAACUUUCAAACAAAGACGAAGCUUCGAGGACCGAGUAAAAGAUGUGAGUGAAAUACGGAAGGAACAUCCAAAUAAAAUACCAGUUAUUAUUGAGAGAUACCAAGGAGAGAAACAGUUGCCGGUGUUGGACAAAACCAAGUUCCUGGUCCCUGAUCAUGUUUCUAUGUGUGACCUUGUGAGAAUUAUUAGACGGAGAUUACAACUGAGUCCAAGCCAAGCCUUUUUCCUUCUCGUUAACGGGCAUAGCAUGGUUAGUGUAUCAGACGCAGUGUCAGAAAUAUACAGCGAACAACAAGAUGAAGACGGUUUCUUAUACAUGACAUACGCCUCACAAGAAACCUUUGGUACCUAAACUGUAAAAAAGUUUAAAAAUUCAAAAACUGCCAACAAAAACAACGCAAACUCAUACUUGUAAAGCUAAAAUGUAAAAAAAUAGCUAGUAGUGUGUGUUUGUGUAUUAUGUUAUAACCGGUAUUAACACAAACAUUGAAAACAAAAAAUGUUUAGUAAUCAGUACAAUGUAGCCUGGGGUUAUAUGAUGAUUGUUUUGUUAAUUACAUGUACUGGAUGUGUAUAACAUUUUCUUUCUCGCAUGAAAUAUCUUGUACAUAAUAUAUACAUACUUGGUAAUCUCCUCACUCCGAAACAGCACAGCAGAAAUAUAGUUAACAUCAUAACAACACCCACAUCAUCAUAUACUCAUAGUUAUGAUGUCGUAGGUAUGACACAUUGAUAUUAUGACUUGUGCUUUUAUUACCACGUAAACACCUUUUACAGAUAAUUCUGUUUUAAUUCAUAUUUUGUUGAUGUUAUUAAGUGUUAUUGCUGGCGCACUUAAAAUUGUUGUAUGUAAAUAAACGUAUGUACUUGUA